AUGAUUCUUCGCACAGGAAUCGUCCCACUCCUUGAUUUGUAUGAAGAGUUUCUCGAUUUCGAAAUUCGAAUUAUAUUAUCAGAUCAAGGUUUGACGUGCGCAGGAGUCCAUUCCUCUCCGAUGCGUCGGUCGGACGGACCAAUUAUUCUGGUGUUAUGUAUAGUUAUUUUCUGCCUCUUCUCUCUUCAGAGUUACCCGAAGUACCAACUCGAUCAGGUCGAUACCGGGCCAGACCCUCGUGUGAAAGGACAAUUCAACGACUGGAAGAAGUGUAUCGAGACAAACAUUUCUGUCUACAAGAAAGACGCAAACGGGCUCUGGUUCAAUCUCUGGAAAGGAGUGAAACUCUGCGAAAAACUCCCUUUCAUGGCAGAUCUGCAAAUUGAAAUGUUCCACAAUAAAGAUGAAACUAAGUACCACAUACGUUCAUUGCAGAAACCUAGUGUGAUUGUGACGUUAGGGAUCGGCCACGACACAGCAGCUGAGGAGUCUCUGGUUAAGAGAUUGCCGGAAGGUUCCGAAUUUUAUGGAGCAGACCCUAUGCAUGAAGGCAACGAAGAACUCUUCACGAAAUUCGGCUCAUACUUUCCUUUUGCUGUUGGCGCAAAGUCACAGGUUUCAACAGCGAACGUCCUCAUCAAUGAUACGUAUGUGGGCCGCAGUGUAGUUCAAAUCGACCUCGCUUAUUUCCUCUCCGAAAUCAUAAAACACAAGGUCUACGAUGAUCUAUGGAUUGACGCUGAGGAGGCAGAAUACGACAUGUUCCCGUACUUUUACCGAGGAGGUGAGCUAGACCAGAACGGUAUCGUUCUCUGUCAGUUCAACAUGGAGGUCCACCGCUGGGACGAAGACGUGAUGAAGGAACGGUUCCGAGAUUUUCUUUUUAAAAUUCUGGAGGAAAACCCAUUUAAAUUUGUACUUUGUGAAAACGGAUGCCUUAGAUUCGUAAGGACGAUGCGUCGAUCAGAAGGACCAAUUAUUCUGGUAUUAUGUGUAGUUAUUUUUUGUCUCUUUUCUCUACAGAAUUACCCUAAGUACCAACUCGAUCAGAUGGACACCGGGCCAGAUCCUCGUGUGAAGGAACAAUUCAACGAGUGGAAGAAGUGCAUCGAAACAAACAUUUCCAUCUAUGAAAAUGAUGCAAAAGGGCUUUGGUGGAAUCUCUGGAAGGGAGUGAAACUUUGCGAAAAACUUCCUUUUAUGGCGGAUUUGGAAAUUGAAAAUUUCAACAAUGGAGAUGAAACAAAGCGACACAUACGUUCGUUGCAGAAACCCAGUGUGAUUGUGACCUUAGGGAUCGGUCACGACACAGCAGCUGAGGAGGCUCUGGUUAAGGUAUUGCCGGAAGGCUCCAAAUUUUAUGGCGCAGAUCCAAUGCAUGAAGGGAACGAAGAGCUCUACAAGAAGUUCGGCUCAUACUUUCCUUUUGCUGUUGGUGCAAAGUCGCAGGUUUCAACAGCGAACGUCCUCAUCAAUGGCACGUAUGUAGAUAAGAAUGUAGUGCAUAUCGAUCUAGCCUAUUUCCUUGCCGAAAUCAUAAAACACAAGGUGUACGAUGAUAUAUGGAUCGACGCUGAGGGUGCAGAAUACGAUAUGUUCCCGUAUUUUUACCAAGGAGGUGAACUAGACCAGAACGGUAUCGUUCUAUGUCAGUUUAAUAUGGAGGUCCACAAUCCGGACGACGCGAUGAAGGAACGGUUCCGAGAAUACCUUUUCAAAAUUCUUGAGGGAAACCGCUACGCAUUCUUUCGACCUACGGACACUGGGCCAGACCCUCGUGUAAAAGGACAAUACAACGACUGGAAGAAAUGUAUCGAAACAAACAUUUCCAUCUACGAGAAAGACGCAAAAGGGAAACCCAGUGUGAUUGUGACGUUAGGGAUCGGUCACGACACAGCAGCUGAGGAGGCUCUGGUUAAGGUGGAGAAAUUUUCGGUUGUUGCAGUAUUGUACAUGGUAUUUGGUUGCACCUAUGUAAAUCGGGAUGUUGUGCAUAUCGACUUAGCCUAUUUCCUUUACGAAAUCAUAAAACACAAGGUGUACGAUGAUAUAUGGAUCGACGCGGAGGGUGCAGAAUACGAUAUGUUCCCGUAUUUUUACCAAGAAGGUGAACUAGACCAGAACGGUAUUACUCUGUGUCAGUUUAACAUGGAGGUAAGCCUACGUUGA